AAGGGGACGCGCUUCACGCUUGGGCUGCGGUGUUUUUGUCUGUCAGUGAGUCUGCUGGCCUUAUCGACUGAGGACACUGGAAGUGGGAUUUUGGUGGCACCCAUAAAAGAGUUGCAGAAAUCGAAAGAGGAGAGCGAGGAGGCCGGGGAAGAGAGACCAUAAUUGCAGCACAGAGAGACUGGCUGGUGAAUGACAAUCAUGGCUCAGGUGCUUCAUAUGGACUCCAGUUUUCCUGGGAAGAUUAACCCCCCAGUGCCCCCCUCCUUGCAUGCAAAGGACCAAGAGGCUCCAUAUUCAGUAGAAACUCCUUACGGAUACCGUCUGGACCUUGACUUUCUUAAGUAUGUCAAUGAUAUUGAGAAAGGCAACACUAUUAAGAAGGUGCCAGUGCAGCGCCGGCCACGUUACGGCUCGCUUCCACGUGGCUAUGGCUACACAGGCUCCUGGUGGACCUCCACCGAGUCCCUGUGCUCCAAUGCCAGCAUGGACAGCCGGCACUCGUCAUACUCCUACUGCGCACCAGGCUUCCACACCUCGCAGAGACCCAACUUCAGUACAGCACGUGUAGAGAAAACCCUAAUGGAUGCUCGUCGGAAGCUAGAGGAAGAGAAAGAUGGCCGCCGUUUCUCAAAUUUGGGCAGCAUGCACAGCAGUAUGGCCGGCUCCAAUACAUCUCUUUCCAGUGCACACAGCUUCAAUCGUGCCCAAGGAGGGGGCUCCUAUACACCAAUGAGCUCCGGCUUGUCCACACCCGUCUCCCCGACACCAGCUCACCUGCAGCAUGUGCGGGAGCAGAUGGCCGUUGCCCUCCGGAAGAUCCGGGAGCUGGAGGAACAGGUGAAAACCAUCCCUGUGCUGCAAGUCAAGAUCUCUGUACUUCAAGAGGAGAAGAGGCAGCUCAGUGUGCAACUCAAGAGCCAGAAGUUCUUGGGACACACGCUGGGGUUUAAUCGAAACCGUCCAAGAGGCGAACUCUACAUUGACAUACCCGAGGAGGAGGCAGGAAAUGGGGCAGGAGCUGCAAACAAAGCCACAGGGAGUCUUUCACCCACCACUCCCGGCUCCCUCCAAGACUCAGGAUGUGAAAUAGAGGAGACUGUAAUUGUAGCAGGGGCUCGUCUGGGUGCAAAGCGGGAGGUGCGAACUGUAGGUGUGGGGCCCGAAGCAGAAGAAAGGGGUUAUCGUCAAGUGGGGGUAGGAGUGCAAGAGGAAGACUUGGGGCUGCUGCCUGAAGCCGAAGCCCUCAAAACCAAAGUGGGACUUUUAGAAGUUCAGCUGAGGAAAACCAUGCAGGAGCUACAGAGCGCUCAGCAGCAAGUGGAAGCAGCACAGAAAGAGAGGCAGACAGUUUGCCCUCAGGUAGACCACGCAGUGAGAGCUACCAGUCUCGGCUGGCAGGAGCAGCAGGGUCAGGCUGGAGCGGGCCUGCAUACUGUUGUCAGUUUUACUAAGCAGCCUCAUCAGCAGAGGACUGUGGGCAUCCAAGUCUACACGCUGGAGCAGCCCACAGUGGUGGGUGUGGGGACACUGCUAAGAGCCCAGGGCUGCACUUAUCCUGCUCAACUGGAGGCGUCUCACAGAAGAUAUGGAGAGUCCCCAGCAGCGGAGGAAUUGCCACGUGAGUUUCCCAUUGCAAUAAGCUCUAAGCAGGUGCGUGAGGUCUUGAGAAGUGAGGUCUCCAAAUCAGUGCCAGUGACCAACCAGGCAACUCCUAUGGAAACAAAGUGCAACCAAGUGACUGUGGUCUGCCAACGGCUAAAAGAAGGAGAGAUUAAUCAGCAACCAGCAGAAGAAGCCAUCCAAAUUGAUCCAGCCAACCCAGCCUCCCCUCAGUCUAACCUGAGGUCAAUCAUGAAGAGGAAGGCUGACGGGGAACCUGGCUCUCCAUACACCAAAAAGAACCUGCAGUUCAUAGGAGUCAAUGGAGGGUACGAGUCAACAUCCUCUGAAGAGAGUAGCUCUGAAAGUUCAGAAGAUGAGAGCGAUGCAAGCGAAUACCACGAGGCUACGGAGAAACUACCGGAAUCAGCGACACCACAGUCUCAGGUGGCCUCCUGCAUCCCACAGCCCAUCUCUGAGACACCAGCUGCCCAAACGCCUCAGCACAGCACUGCCCAGAUACCAGCCAAUCACACUGCAGCACUGCAGACCACCAGCCAAUCACACGCCAUAGAUGCAACUACCCAGCAACAGGUCACCCAAUCACCACCAGCAGAGGCUGAUGUACAGCACUGUGUCAGCCAAUCAUCAGUGACUGUCACAGCUCCUCUAGAGGGUGAUGUUCAAUGUGUUUUCCAAGGGCGUAACUCUCAAAGCACUUCCACUUCUCUUGAACAAAACUCUGUCCAGUUGUCAUCUGCGCCGCAGCAGUCCAAAGCCACUGAUUCAAACGUUGAGACAGAUCACGGUCAAACAGACGUGUCGGACUUCUCCGCUCAGCAAUCGAUCACUCAAACACAAUCCACCAGUGCCAAACCUCAGCAAGAUGCUAGCCAAUCAAAAACUGCUGACCUCACACCCCAGAAAGGAGCAACACACUCUACUGAUGGCUCAGCGAAACAGGACAUAGCCAUAUCCUCCACCACUGAACCAGCUGCAGAUACAGCAGCACCUGCUGAUAAUCAAGACGACAGCCUGGAAUUGAGUGUUGGUCUCAUGUCGGCUCUGCACAUCUUGCAGAAGGCACUCAGCGAACCAAAUGCAUUCAGCCAUCAAGAUGCGAGGACGGCGUACACCAGUGUCCUGCAGGAGUGGCUCCGGGUCUCCUGUCAUAAAGCUGCUGACACCGCAGUGGUGAAGGCCUACAUGGACGCUUUCGCCUCCAUUUCCCCACAGCUCCUGGAGUUCGUCAUCAACAUGGCUGACGGCAAUGGAAACACGGCUCUUCACUACACCGUCUCUCACUCCAACUUCCCCGUAGUGAAGCUGCUGCUGGAUACCGGUCUCUGUAAUGCUGACAAGCAGAACAAGGCUGGUUACACAGCCAUCAUGUUGACAGCUCUGGCUGCCUUCAGCUCGGACAGUGACCUUCAGACCGUCCUACAGCUGCUCCGCACCGGCGACGUCAAUGCCAAAGCCAGCCAGGCAGGGCAGACGGCACUGAUGCUAGCGGUCAGUCAUGGCCGAGGGGACAUGGUGAAGGCUCUGCUGGCGUGUGGAGCUCAGGUGAAUCUGCGGGACGAUGACGGCUCCACGGCGCUUAUGUGUGCCUGUGAACAUGGACAUGUGGACAUUGUGCGCCAGCUGCUGUCUGUGCCCGGCUGCGACGCCACGCUCACUGAUAACGAUGGCAGCACUGCUCUCUCUAUCGCGCUGGAGGCCAGUCAGAAUGACAUUGCUGUGCUUCUGUAUGCACACCUCAAUUUCGCCAAGCCGCCUUCUCCUGUGUCACCAAAGUCUCCAAUUCUGGGCUCUUCUCCUCCGUCCUCUGAACUGAAGUAAACAGAUGUCAUAAAUCUGAGCUGUCUUUUCUUCCAGCAAACCUUCCUUGUCCAUUCCACUGUCUAUGUGUGUGUGUGUACAUGUGUGUGUGCGCACUUGUUUUUAUAACAUGUUGGGCACUUGUGUUGACUAAAUCAAAGUCCUUACUGGUAAACGUGCUUAUAAAUCAUACAGAAUGAAGUAUUUUGAAAAUGUAAAAAAAAAGCAGAUUGUUUUAGUCCCCAUUGAUAGUACCCAUCGCGAUAUAAGAACAAGUGAGAGAGAGAGAGUGUGUGUGUGUGUUUGUGUGUGUGUGUGUAUACACAGUUUACUUUUAGAGGUAUAAAAAUUGUGCACUCUUUUAAAAGUCUUUAGCACUUGACACCAUUGGACAACAUUUUCUCAACAUAGGCUCAUUCUGAAAACGUAGCCGUAUAUACAUUUCUGGAGAUCGCGAAUUAUGUAGCCAGAGGUACGUAUGGCUGCAUUUUGUCUUUAAAACAAACACUACGGGGCAGUAUGAUGCUGUUCCUUUUCGCGCUUACCAGCUAACCGCGUUCUUUUAUGUGGAUGGCUUUCCCGCUGUUACCAGUUUGUCCAGUAGCUCCACAUGUACAUCGCAUGAUUUAAGACGCAGAGCAAAGCUGACCGCGGCGACGAGAUUUGAGUCUGACGAAUAACGGUUCUAGAAAGCGGGUAAGAAUAAAACAGAAGCCAAAAAAUAAAAUAAACAAAUAAAUAACAGAAAGAGAAGGUGGUAAAAUCUGAAAACAUGGUAAAAAUCAGGCGAAAACAAAGACUGCAAAAAAAACGUAGCUCCUGGAACACAUUUGGUGCUCUCUCCAGAAAUGUAUAUAGGGGUACGCUUUCAGAAUGAGUCUGGGUUGGUUUUUCUGUUCCUUUUGUAGCUUUUUUCCAUUAUAGCACCAAACACAGGUUUGAGAUUUGAUUAUAAAUAACAAUGAGCGUGUAACAGCAAUAUAAUUCAUCUAGUGCUCUACUUGCUGACAUGAGUGUUAUCUAAUAUACUAAGGAAGCCUGUUUUCAGCAAAGAAUGAAAACAGAAACAGGAAUUGUCCACAUGUUUAAGCCCACAUCUCACAAUUCUUCCUUUAUUUCUCUGAAAUUCAUAUUACUAUGAACCUAUUUUGAGUUAUAAACCUCUAAACAUUUAUAUGUAAACGUACAUCCCUGAAAAAAGUAAUAAUUAUGGGAUGUAAACUUAGAAUUAUGAUUUAAAAAUCGAAUUAUGAUAAAGUCCUACACUAAACAAAAUGAUUCAUUGAAUUUACUAGAUUUUUUUAAGGUAAGUGGUUGCAAACAUUUUAUAUGGGCUUAAUUUAAACAAGCAAAAUUACAAAAUUCACAUUACUAAAUUUAAUUUGUUUGUUUAAUAGGCGACGCAGUGGCUCAGUGGUUAGCAUUGUCACCUCAGCAAGAAGGUCACUGAUUCGAGUCUCGGCUGGGUCAGUUAGCAUUUCUGUGGGAGUUUGCAUGUUCUCCCCAUGUUGGCGUGAGUUUCCUCCGUGUGCUCCGGUUUCCCUUAGUCCAAAGACAUGCGCUAUAGGGGGGAAUGUGAGAGUGUAUGGGUGUUUCCCAGUACUGAGUUGCAGGUGGAAUGGCAACUGCCGUGUAAAGCAUAUGCUGGAUAAAUUUAAGGUUCAUUCCACUGUGGUGAACCCCUGAUGAAUAAAGGGACCAAGCAGAAGAAAAAUGAAUGAAUGAAUUUGUUUGUUUAAAUUCAGCCCAUAUAAGUGAUUUCAAGUCAAGUCAAGUUGGCUUUUAUUGUCAUUUCAACGAUAUAUACAGUGCAGUACACAGUGAAACGAAACAGUGUUUCCUCAGGACCAAGGUGCUACAUCAAACAACAUAACUUGACAACGUAACACAGAAUGAAAUAAAAUAAGACAAACUAAAAUAAAAAUAAGAAUAAGAGUGCAAAGUGUGGUUUGUGCAACAGUUUGUGCAAAUAAGACAGGACAGACAAGACAAGACAAGACAAGAAACAGUAACGCCGACCAGAACACUACAGAUGUUGUGCAAAUAAUGGAUUGGUUUACAACCACUUUCCUUAAAACAUCUAAUAAAUUACUGUAAUUUUACAUUUAUAUCUCGCAUUUCUGAGUUUACUCUUAGAGUUUUGUUUAUAUCUAAUAAAUUAGUUUAUAUAUCAAAUCAGUUCUCAAUUUCUCUAUAUUUUUCUCAGUUUUGAAUGGUUUCUAUCUUUCAGUUUCAAAUAAUUCAUUUCAGAUGUGCAAGUCACACUGCAAAAAGCGAUAUUUGACUUUAAAAAAAUGAGUAAGUAAAUGGUUAAGUG